GAUGAAUAAAAGGACCAGGCCACAACGGGAGCGGACAGAGGUCCCAGAAGCACUCCUUGGCUUGUUUAGCAGCAGCAGGAGGGAUCCCAGCAGCGGUACAGAGACAGAGGAACUCUUUCACCCAUCUCAAAGCUGUCAGUCCUGGGAAAGAUACACUGAGCUGCAAAGGCUGGACGACCGACGAGGAGACAAAAGGAGAUCAGGGAGACAAGGAAAGAGGGGGACCACAGCCAGGGUUCUGAUUCCAGGUGCACGGUUCGCAAACACUACGUUUGUGGGUACACUCGUCCAGGGUCAUACUCAGCGCGUGCGGGCCAGGGAUGUCUCUGAGUGGGGACGUGUGUCUGGUGACUGGGGCAGGGGGGUUUUUGGGACGGAGGCUGGUCAAGCUGCUGCUGGAGGAGGAGAAGCUAGCGGAGAUCCGUCUGCUUGACCAGCACAUCCAGCCUCAACUCAUACAGUCUCUGGAGGAGGCCCGGGGUGAGACCCGACUAAGUGUGCUCGAGGGGGACAUCAGGGACAGUGACUUCCUGUGCCGGGCGUGCCGGGGCGUGUCCGUGGUCUUCCACAUUGCAUCGCUCAUCGAUGUCAUCGGGGCGCUGGACUACAGCGAGCUGUACACCGUCAACGUUAAAGGCACCCAGCUCCUGUUGGAGGCGUGCGUACGGGAGAACGUCGUCUCCUUCGUCUACACCAGUAGCAUCGAGGUGGCGGGACCCAACCCCGCCGGGGACCCCGUCAUUAACGGCGACGAAGACACGGCCGACGCCUCCACCCUCAAGUUCGCCUACAGCCGGACCAAGAAGGAGGCGGAGCGCCGGAGCCUGGAGGCCAACGGCGAGCGUCUGCAGAACGGCGGCCGCCUGGCCACCGUCGCACUCCGGCCCAUGUACAUCUACGGCGAGGGCUGCCGCUUCUUGCUGGGACACAUGGCCGACGGCAUCGCCAACCGCGACGUGCUGUACCGCACCUCGGCGCGCGAGGCCCGGGUCAACCCCGUGUACGUGGGCAACGCCGCGCUCGCCCACCUCCAGGCGGCGCGCAGCCUCCGCGAUGUGGACCGGCGCGCCGUCGUUGCGGGCAACGUCUACUACGUCUCCGAUGACACGCCCCCCGUCAGCUACUGCGACUUCAACCACGCGGUGAUGGCGCCGCUUGGCUUCCGCAUCCAGGAGAAGCACAUGCAGCCAUUGUGGCUGCUGCAUGUGUUUUGCUUCCUGCUGGAGGUGCUGAGGUUCUGUCUGCAGCCCUUUAAGCACAUCGCCCCGCCCCUCAACCGGCAGCUGCUGGUGAUGCUCAACACGCCGUUCAGCUUCGGCUACCAGAAGGCCAAGAGAGACCUGGGAUACGCCCCCAGGUACACCUGGGAGGAGGCCCGCACACACACCGUGGAAUGGCUGGCCGACCAGCUGCCCAAGGAGAGGGAGCGGCUCAGGGCCAAGUAGCUCCUCACAUGUGGUCAAUAAUAGAGGGAUCCUGGAUGAUGGUCAAGACAAGCCACCGCUUCAGUCUCAAAGCGCUUCAAAGGUUAUACGGCACCCCCCUAUCUUGGAGCCCGCUAAAGGGCUCCCCAACCCCAAGAGAAGAAACACUGGGAAGGAACACAGGAGAGGAAGCCAGCCUUCCAGAGACUGUAAGGAGUGCGAUAGUAAAUUAAUUUGCACACUGUGCCACACAUAGUGGACAUAUUUAAGCAAACAAAGGUUAAAGUAUGAUUGCAAUUUUAGAAAGAAGUUAUUAAUGAAUUCACACUCAAUCAUGAAUAUGGGCUAUGUCUUUAUUCUACAUGUCAAAAAUGUAUUUGUUUCACUGUUUGAAUUCAAGCUAUUAAAAAUGCAUAAAAUUGUU